AAGCACAUUCCUUCUCUAUUUUUAAUAGUAAUAGAAAUGUAGUUUUUCUACCUCUCCAUCCUAUCAGGAUAUAAAAAAAAAAUAAAAAAAACAAUUUUUUGGAACAAAUAUGCAUUGCAAGCAGAACAGAUUCUCUGAAUGACUGUAUACAAACAUAUAUAAGUAUCGCAUUCUGCACCCUAAAUUUAUCACCUCUGUCAUGAAUAGGUUUUCAUUAUUGGUCCUCUAGAAUUAUGAAUGCUCAUUGUACAAAUGCUCAUAAUUCUUACAGCUAUCAGAGUUGUUUGUUUUUACAAGAUGGAUAUGGCAUAAAUCUAUUCUAUUCAUUUCAUUUUUCAUCAGUUAAUAAGUCUUCAGAAUUCCCAAAUCCAAGAAGACAUAGGAUCAUAUUUCUAAAUCUGGGAAACUGAGGCCUCGGUAGAAGGCCUCGUCUCCUAGGCAACAUGAUGGUUACAGUUGGGCCCCGCGGCCAAUUAGCUAGUGCCCUUAAGACAAAUGGUGGCCUCGGCAAUCUCGUCCUUCCUCUGACGUCUAUAAAGAACUUCCGCCGGAAGUAGCUACGUUGUUAGCAAACCGGAGUUUCCGGGCGAGCUUCGGCGCUGGUGUUUGUGGGCUGGACUGGCCAGAAUGGUGGAGAAGAAGCCUUCGGUGCGGUCCCAGGACCCUGGGCAACGGCGUGUGCUGGACCGAGCAGCCCGGCAGCGCCGAAUCAACAGACAGUUGGAGGCCCUAGAGAACGACAACUUCCAGGAUGACCCCCAUGCUGGCCUACCCCAGUUAGGCAAGAGGCUGCCACAGUUCGACGAUGACGCCGACACCGGAAAGAAGAAGAAGAAAACCAGAGGUGACCAUUUUAAACUUCGUUUUCGUAAGAACUUCCAAGCCCUUUUGGAAGAGCAGAAUUUAAGUGUGACCGAGGGCCCUAACUAUCUCACAGCCUGUGCAGGCCCCCCAACCCGACCCCAGCGCCCCUUCUGUGCAGUGUGUGGCUUCCCUUCUCCUUAUACUUGUGUCAGCUGCGGAGCUAGAUACUGCACUGUCCGCUGCCUUGGCACGCACCAAGAGACACGGAAGAUAAAUACUGAGGAAAUGAGAACCCCUUCUUCAAGUCUUGCCCCCAGCACUUCAGUUUGGAUGGGGGAGAUGCAUAAAACAGUCCAAUCUGUAUGUCUCUAAUAAAGCCAUAAAGAGAAGCCUAUCCCUA